UGGAUGAGGCCGGGGGGGCGGGGAGUGUUCAGCCGGUCUCUCCUCUCUGCAGCGGCCAUGCUGCUGCUGCUGCUUUCCGCCGCCGCCUGUCUCGGUGCAUCCCGGUCUGCAGCCGGUGAACGCUCAGCUGCCUCACAUCAUCACUGAAGCACAGGUUGGACUCGGACCGGCUCGGACCGGGUCGUAGCGGUUCUUUUUAGGGAGCAGCCCAGAACACGGCGGAUAGAGAGAGAAGAGGGGGGUGGAGAGGAGAAAGGCUCCAUAGCAACAAACCGGUUUCACGGCAUUACUGGUCGUGAUGGAGGAAUCCCGAGGAGGCAAAGUGUGAACGCCGGAUCACCAGGACUGCAAACCAUCCUGCCAGGUCUUGAAGCGGGAUUGCUGGGACUCGUGCACAUGGUUUUGGGACUACAGCAGGGUUACUGACACUGCAGGAAGGUCGCAGUGAGGACACACACACACACACACACACACAUCCAGAUCAUCAAAUCGAGAACAGACGUUUGCCGGGAUAACUCUGGAUUUCAUGGCUUUAACCUUCUUUAUUCAGGCUGUAGGGAAAAACCUUUUCCAAGACCAAACCCGGUAACUGGACGGUCUGAGGCGUCCAUGAUCUGCAGGCAACGCAGCUUAGAAGUGACCUUUAGUAUCAAACCAUCAAUGAAUUACUUGAAUUUGAAGGUUCUAGUUGUGGUGAGGCACUGACAGUAUCUCUUGGACUAGGAUACCACUGGAUUUACAACAGACGGAUAGCCUAACAGGGACAACCCUGAAUCUUUUUACUGGUUUCAAAGCUGAGUUAGUGAAACUUCAGCCAAGACCUGAUACAGUUUACAAGUAAGUACCGUCUUUUCUUGGAUCUGCUUGUGUUCACGGAUAUUUUAGAUAUAUGCAUGUUGAAUAUCAGGAUUACAGUUGGGUUUUUGAAUAGAAACCGUAUUUUCAGGACUUCAACCAGUCUACAAAAGGCUCCUACAUCACACUUAAUGGGAUUAUAAAAUAGUGUUGCAUCUACAAGCAAGUCAACAAGCUCGCUCUGACACGUUGUAUCAUAGAGUUUUAGUUGGUGGCAGUUUCUUGCUGCUGGAAGAUGAAUCUUGAGUAAGGCCGACUCUGUUGAACGUUACCGGACCAGUAUUCAUCAUGUCUUUGAGUAAGACCCUCGAGUUGGAGCAUUUCGACGAACGCGACAAAGUUCGCCGGGGACGCUCCACCCGCACCAAGAGAGAUGACUCCACCGCUGGUGGUGGGUCUGGCCCAAGUUCCCGGGGCAGCAGCCUGGUCCCUAGCCCUGCCCACAGCGCCAACUGUAGCUACUACCGGACCCGCACCCUGCAGGCGCUCACCUCGGAGAAAAAAGCCAAGAAGGUCCGGUUCUACCGCAAUGGGGAUCGGUACUUCAAGGGUCUGGUGUACGCCGUUUCCAGUGACCGGUUCCGCUCCUACGAUGCGCUGCUGAUGGAGCUGACGCGCUCCUUAUCGGACAACCUGCAUCUGCCGCAAGGCGUGCGAACCAUCUACACUAUAGACGGCACCAAGAAGAUCACCAGCAUGGACGAGCUGGUGGAAGGUGAGUGCUACGUCUGCGCCUCCAACGAGCCUUACCGAAAAGUCGACUACACCAAGAUCUCCGUGCCGAGCUGGAAGCCGGGUGCAGCCGCCGGGACGGGUCCCGCGGGCUCGGGCCGGCCCGCCACGGCGUCCGCUGGAGUAUCGGCGAGCACCGCCACUGCCGUCCCCAAAGAUCGUCACGAAGGUCGCGAGGGCAGGGAGAGCAAAGACUUCAUCAAGCCCAAGCUGGUGACGGUGAUCCGGAGCGGCGUGAAGCCUCGCAAGGCGGUGAGGAUCCUGCUGAACAAGAAGACGGCUCACUCCUUCGAACAAGUGCUGGCCGACAUCACGGAGGCCAUCAAGCUGGACUCCGGGGCUGUGAAGAGGCUGUACACGCUGGACGGGAAACAGCUGACCUGUCUGCAGGAUUUCUUCGGGGAUGACGACGUCUUCAUGGCGUGCGGGCCGGAGAAGUUUCGUUACGCUCAGGACGACUUUGUGCUCACACACAGCAGCAAAACACAGGCUUUUGUUAGCGAGUGCAAAGUCAAGUCGACUCGCUCGACCGCCCCUCCGAAAACUCUAAAGACUCCAAGCGGCUCCGGCUUCUCGUCUUCGAGGACUCCACUCAAAGGCCCGCCCAGAACAAAGUCUCCUGGUCCAGCCAAUGAGGCCUCAGGAUCGCAGUCAGUGGUGAAGUCGUCCAGGUCCAGCCCGUCCCCCACCAGCCCCGGGACGCGACGCAGCCUCAAGAUGUCUCCUCAUCGUGCUUCGUCCACCGAUGUGAACGGCGAGGCCGAGCAGCCAGACGACGACGCUGUCGAAGUGAACGGUAAUCGGUCCGUUUCUUCCUCCAUCAUCAACGAGAAGUACCAAGUGGGUAAAGUGAUCGGAGACGGAAACUUUGCUGUGGUCAAAGAGUGCGUGGAGAGGUCGACGGGACAGGAGUUCGCUCUGAAGAUCAUCGACAAAGCUCGCUGCUGUGGGAAGGAGCAUCUGAUAGAAAAUGAAGUGGCGGUCCUGCGGAGGGUUCGACAUCCCAGCAUCAUCCAGUUAAUCGAGGUGGACGAAACGCCCAGUCAGCUGUUCCUGGUCAUGGAGCUCGUCAAGGGUGGAGACCUGUUUGACGCCAUCACCUCCUCCACAAAGUACAGCGAGCGUGAUGCCAGCGCUAUGGUGUUCAACCUGGCCGGAGCCAUCAAGUACCUGCACCGGAUGAACAUCGUCCACCGAGACAUCAAACCAGAGAACCUGCUGGUGUGCGAGUAUCCAGACGGCACGAAAUCACUGAAGCUGGGUGACUUUGGUUUGGCGACGGUGGUCGAGGGACCGCUGUACACCGUGUGCGGCACGCCGACAUACGUCGCCCCAGAGAUAAUCGCAGAGACUGGCUAUGGUCUGAAGGUCGACAUCUGGGCGGCGGGAGUGAUCACCUACAUCCUGCUGUGUGGAUUCCCUCCAUUUAGAAGUGAGAAUAAUGUGCAGGAGGAGUUGUUUGAUCAGAUCCUCAGAGGGAAGCUGGAGUUUCCGUCUCCAGACUGGGACACCAUCAGCCUGCCAGCAAAGAUGCUGAUUAGUCAGAUGCUGCAGGUGAACGUGGACACUCGUUUCACUGCCGAGGAGGUCCUGUCACACUCAUGGGUGACGGACGAGGCUCCCGUAGACUCCAACACUGUGAGCAGCACUGAAGACCAGACCAGUGGAGAAGCACUGGACCCAGAGCACGAAUCCCCAAUACUGGAAACCAAACAAGUUCCCUCACCUCUGGUCUAAAACACACAAGUCCACCUUCAUCGACUGGAAUACAAACAUAACACCGCUUGUUUGAUUUACUGGAAAACCGUCAUGUUUGCUCACCAAAAGACUCAUCCUGUUUUCUCUUUUGGAAACCAAAUUUUUAAGUUUUAUCUUCUGGAAACUAAACUGAUCUAGAAUAAAGCCUGUUUUCAAUCACUGGAACCAAAUGACUUCGCUCAAAUCUAAAAAGCGUUGAAUCUACUGGAAACUAAACAAGUUCCCUCUUUCUUGUUUUUGGGCAUGCUUCAUUUGAACUCCUGGAAACUAAACAGAACAUAUAAUUUUUCAUCUAAUGAAAGUUUCCUCAUCUCUGGUCUGGACCACCUGAUUCUUCGACUUAAAACCAAACAAGUUCCCUUAUUUUUGGUCUGGAACACGUCCUGAUUCAUCUACUGAAAACUGAGGAAGUUCCCUCAGAUCUGGUCUGGAAUCUGCCCAGAUUAAUAAAAUGGAAACUGAACAAGUUGGCCUUGUCUUGAAAAAGUUCCCUCACUUCUGGCUUCCUGUUCCCGUUCUAAUGAAAACCAAACAAGUUCUGCAAACUCUUCGCUCAAAUGUGGUCCAGAAUCAAUCCUGUUUCAUCUGCAGAAAGUCAAAUCUGGUUAAAUCUGGUCGAGGACCAAAUGAGUCUCCUCACCUCCUCGGUCUAGUCCUAGUUUUUAUCCACUGGAAACCAAACAAGUUCCUACUCAUCUGGUCUAGAACAGGCCUUCAAGCCCGUUUCUCAACAUGGAUACUGAUGUUCCCUCAUCCAUGUUCAAGAACUCAAUCCGUUUUUUCCACUUUCUUGAUUUACUGCCAACCAAACAAGUUGUCUCUAGUCUAGAAUCGCUGUGUUGCUUUUACUCAACACCAAAAAAGUUCAAUCCCUCUGGUCUUUAAAGACUUUAUGGAAUUUAAUGAAGUUCUCCAUUGUUAAUUUAUCUCAUGGAAGCAGUCCUCACCUCUGGUCUAGACCAGCAUUUAAUCUACUGAAGACUUUCACAAGUCCCGUCUCUGCUGCUGUACUGGAAAGUAUUCACGUUCUCUAUUCUAUAAGAGGAGUCCCAUUUUGGUUUGAUGAAGUCACCCCACUGCUGCUUGAAGGACGCACACCAUAUCAACACUGGGACACCAUGAAGGUGCUAUUGGACACAUCCUGUUUCAUCACCCAGUGUCUCACGGGACUGGACCCAUUUCCUGAAAAUGGCCGUUACCUCUAAAGGAUAUAAACAACUGAUCCGUUCACAAACGUUCCCUCUGGUUUAGGGAUUAUCUCCGCUUUAGUCCCUGCCACUUGGCAACCAGGAUGUCUUCCAUUUAUUCUGGGAAACGUCCCAUUUCUCCUGCCUUUUACCCUCCAGCUCUCCUUCUGCUGACCUGAAGGACGUUUCUUAUUUCUGCCACUCGGCGUCCACCAACCGGAGGAGAUAUUCGAGUACUGUGCCUGUUUACGCUGCUGAUGAAUUCCUCUUAAUACCUGAAAUCUCAGCCUUGCCUUUCAUAGAUCCAAUUCCCCCCACACCCCCCAGCACUGAUCAUCAGCUGUUUGGACAGAUAAGACUCAUUGUUUUACAGGUUUUCAGAAGUAUGCCUUUUACAUAAGUAUAACUAAAGGAACGGUUUAAAGGAAUAGUUUGACAUUUUUGGAAAUUUGCCUUUUUGAAAGAGUUGGUUGAGGACUUUUACACUAUUCCCAUGUCUGUACUUGAAGCAGGGAGCUGGAGUCGUGGUGAUUAGCCUAGCGUAUCCGAAUUACUAAAGGAAACGGCCAAAGUUGAACCAAAUUUUAAAAAAAGAAGCUCUAAACACAUUAUAUGUCGUUUGUUUUAUCUGCACACGAGAUAAAUAAUAUUUUCAGCAGUUUCCAACAGUUUUGCAGAGAUUAAAUCAGCUUUUGAGGUUUUGGUAGCUUCAGUCGUAAAUCUUAACUCCUAAAACAAUGAGUCUUAUCUGCAUAGACUCACUAUUCCUAUCUCCAUUUCCCUGAAGGACACUUUCUACCGCUCAACUCCCGUCCUUGACCCGUUCCCCGGGCUUCGUACUGUGUGACUUCCGAAAACCUCACGUUAACAACAAAAAAUAAUUUCAACCACCUUUUGGAGGUUUCUACCUGCAGUAUGACUGAGGUAAAGGGCACGUUCCAGUCUAAACCCAGAGCCCCCUGCCUGUCCUCCUGCCUGCAGUUAGUGGAGGAUAAAAUAUGUUGUAUAUACUGUAAAUAUCACUCUGUACGUUGGUGUCUGUCUGUGUGAGUCAGUUGUGAAGUAGGGAAACAGUAGCAAUUUGAGUAAAAAUGAAAAAAAUAAAUAA